GUCAAUUCGAUUUCCCGCCUUGGCUCUAUUCUUUUCUCUCAAAUUUACACUCACUCCCCGCCGCCACAUCGUCGUAAUGUCUCGGGUCGUUGCAGUCGCUGGUGGUAGUGGAAACCUUGGCCGCACCAUUGUCGAGGCGAUUCUCGCCGACGGGAAAUUCACCCCCAUCAUUCUCUCGCGCAAGGUGGACACAGAAAAGGAAAAGGAGAUUGGAGCUCGCUUCGUUCCUGUCGACUACGGCGAUGUUGAGAGCCUAAUCAAGACCCUUGAGAGCCAAAAUGUCGAAAUUGUCAUCUCCGUUCUCAACACCAUGAACUCUUCCCAGAUUGAGCUCAACUUGAUUGAGGCAUCCGACAAGGCUACCUCCACCAAGCGAUUCAUCCCGAGCGUUUGGGGUAUCGAGUUCCCGCAGUGGGCCAUUGAAAUGUUCCCUCCUGCAGGCUUCAAGGUUGAAGUGACCAAGGUGCUCGAGAAGACCUCGCUGGAGUGGACGUCCUGGAGUCCGGGCUACUUCCUCGACUGGUGGGUCACUCCACACAUUAAGUCACACAUGGCUACCUUCGCCCUUGUCGUAGACGUUGCCAACAAGACGGCCGCAAUUCCCGGUAGUGGUGACGUCCCCGUCGCCCUGACCUACACUUUCGACUUGGCCAAGUUUGUCGCUGCCUCCCUGAGCCUACCCAAGUGGGAGAAGACAACAUACUGCAUCGGCGAUAAGGUCACCAUGAAUGAGCUGCUUGCCAUUGCCGAGGAGGCCCGUGGAGCCAAGUUCACCGUCACCACUGACGAGAUUGAGACGCUCAAGAAGGGCCAGGUUACGGAGCUUCCAAGCCACUCUCAGACUUACGCCUUCUUCCCCAAGCAAAUGUUGCAGCCUUUCCUUGCACUUUUUGGUCUUAUGUUUGCCGAGGGUGUGUUUGACAUGAAGCCUGCUCACACAAUCAACGGUGAUUUCCCUGACAUCAAAACCCAUACGGUUAAGGAGCUCGUCACCGAGGCUUGGAAGGGUAAAUAGAUAAAACGGACGCACAAAGAUUGGCGGGGGCGGCUGCAAAAGACUUGUCAAUGAUCGCUAUGAUGGCAAUCCUCCAGGCACAUUACUGUACUACAAGGCCUCUCUCGCUGUUCGGUGAAAUCAGC